AGAACUUCUCGAUCUCCAUCCAGACAGUUAUACACUCUCUCACGUCUCAGCUCAGGGGGCCUUUCGUUCGCUUGCUCAACAGUAAAGAAGAAAAACCAUGGCAAGUUAUUGUGCUCCGUCUUCGUUUUCACCUUUUAUUCACAAGUUUACUGGUAGGAACUCCAUGGCUAUGAUGGGUUUGCUCUCUUAUGCACGCAAAAGCCCCACGCCCAUUUCUCUCACCAGCAAAAGCUUCACUUUCAUUUCGCGUUCAACUGCAAGGAAGCCUCUCAAAAAGUCGUUCCAAGUGAGAUCAGUGGCUGCACCUACAGAAGCGGUUUCUGGGUUCGAUGACAUGGUUUCUGGGACCAAGCGGAAGUACUACAUGUUAGGUGGGAAAGGUGGUGUAGGAAAGACAAGUUGUGCUGCUUCACUUGCUGUGAAGUUUGCAAAUAGCGGUCAUCCUACUCUAGUGGUUUCCACAGACCCAGCUCAUUCUUUGAGUGAUUCCUUUGCUCAGGAUUUGACCGGGGGAACAUUAGUGCCAGUUGAAGGACCUGAUUCUCCACUUUUUGCUCUCGAGAUAAACCCUGAGAAGGCUAGGGAAGAAUUUCGCACGGCAGCUCAGAAAAGUGGCGGAACUGGGGUCAAAGAUUUCAUGGAUGGUAUGGGUCUCGGGGUGCUUGCGGAACAGUUAGGAGAGUUAAAACUGGGAGAACUACUAGACACACCUCCUCCGGGUCUGGAUGAAGCUAUUGCAAUUUCAAAGGUGAUACAAUUUCUUGAGUCACAAGAGUAUAUCAUGUUUACCCGCAUAGUUUUUGAUACUGCACCUACAGGUCACACUUUGCGGCUUUUAUCCUUGCCAGAUUUCUUAGAUCGUUCAAUAGGCAAGAUCUUGAAGCUCAAACAAAAAAUAUCUUCAGCCACCUCAGCCAUUAAGUCUGUUUUUGGGCAAGAAGAAACCCGGCAGGAUGCGGCUGAUAAACUAGAGCGACUAAGGGAGAGGAUGAUUAAAGUGCGUGAGCUCUUUCGGGACACUGAUUCAACGGAGUUUGUUAUUGUAACGAUCCCCACGGUGAUGGCGGUUAGUGAGUCCUCUAGGCUGCAUGCCUCUUUGAAGAAGGAAAAUGUUCCGGUAAAAAGGUUGAUUGUUAAUCAGAUUCUUCCACCGUCUGCCACAGAUUGCAAGUUCUGUGCAAUUAAACGGAAGGAUCAAAUGCGUGCUCUCGAUAUGAUCCGGAGCGAUCCAGAGCUCUCCAACUUGACGUUGAUCCAGGCACCACUAGUUGAUGUAGAGAUCAGGGGUGUUCCUGCUCUUAGAUUUUUGGGCGACAUUAUCUGGAAAUAACUAUAUCCACAUUAUAAUCUUUACCUUUUUACUUUUUGCAUCCUUAAAGAGAAAGGGUAUAAAAGAUCACUUCCCGGAACAAUUAGCAGAUCCAUGGUAAUUGUAUGGUUUAGCUAACAUGAGCUGAGUUCAUUCGGUUCUUCAUGUGUAUGUAUUUUACAGAAAACAGAAAAAUAAAGAUCUCAAGCUAUUCUUUUUAUUCAACAA